AUGAGGAAUAGAGAGUGGUUGUGUGAAAGGGCUAUAUUAGCACCGACCAAUGAAAUCGUGGGACAGAUAAAUGAACGAAUGAUGUCACAUGUGCAAGGCGAUGUUGUCGAAUAUUUAUCAGUACAUAUUAUCAUGGACAGUGAGCAGGUGACAUCUUAUCCUACAGAGUUUCUUAACUCUUUAGAGCUAUCAGGAGUGCCGUCUCAUAAGCUGAGACUGAAAGUUGGGGUUCCAGUUUUGUUAAUGAGAUACCUCGAAGCACCGAGAUUAUGCAACGGAACUCGAUUACAAAUUACGCAGCUAGGACGCAAUAUUAUUAGAGCAAUUAUAAUGACAGGAAUAGCUAAAGAUGAAGAAGUUUUGAUUCCUCGCAUACCCAUGAUCCCUACAGAUUUACCUUUUCAGUUCAAAAGAAUCCAGUUUCCCCUCAAACCAGCCUUCGCAAUGACCAUUAACAAAGCGCAAGGCCAAACACUGAAAGUGGCGGGUGUAAAUUUAGAAAAGAACUGUUUUUCGCAUGGGCAACUCUACGUGGCCUGCUCACGUGUAUCAAAUCCCAAAAAUCUCCACAUUUUAUCUAACAACAAUAAAACAGCAAACCCAACCAGCACGAUGAGUGAGCUGACCUGGUCCAGCAUAUCCAUUCACGGGUAUGAUGUGUUAGCCAGCAAUCGUUCCGAUCAACCAUUUCGUAGGGAAUGGAGCGACCCAGCACAACAGAAGCAGCAAAUGAUCUCAGAGGCAAACUGUCCUGCCAAAUCGGCGGAUUAG